AAACAAGAAUCAGUUUAUUGCAGGCCAUACGCCAAAUAGGACGUAGAAAAGAAGCGUAGUAGUAGUCAAUAUUGCUCUUAUUCACUCUUAUACCGGUUCAUAUACGACUUACAUAUAUGUAUAUUAUAAACAUUUAAAUACUUGUUGUUCAAAGUGCAACAAAAUAACAUAUGUAAUUACGUUAACACAUUUAAGUGAAAAUGAUUGUGCUACUCCUUGGUCUACUGCUGGUUACAAUACUUUUCUGGUUGAUCAGACAGCAGUAUUCUUAUUGGAAUCGUCGUAAUUUUCCCACCGAUCCGGAUACGCAUAUUCCUUGCGGUUGUUUGAAAUCGGUGGUGAAACAUGAAAAAUCUAUGGGCGUGGCAAUUUAUGACGCCUACUUAAAGUCAAAUUCACCAUUCGUGGGCGUUUAUUUACUCUUUCGACCGGCGGUGCUAAUACGCGAUCCCGAAUUGGCGCGACAAAUACUUAUACAAGAUUUUAGUAGUUUUCACGAUCGUGGCAUUUAUGUGGACGAGAAGCGUGAUCCCUUGUCAUGCAGUUUAUUUGGUUUACGCGGUCAAAGUUGGCGCUCGUUGCGUCAGAAGCUUACACCUUCCUUCAGUUCGGGCAAAUUGAAGGCAAUGUUUCACACUUCCGACGACAUUGGCAAUAAAAUGAUUGCACAUCUGAAUAAAGUGCUGCCGGAGGAGGGUAGCGCAGAGUUGGACUUGAAAGAUGUAUUUGUGACCUAUGCCAUUGAUAUUAUCGGUUCUGUUAUCUUUGGUUUGGAAAUCAACAGCUUUGAAGAUCCCAAGAAUAAAUUCAGAACCCUUGUACACAAAGCGCGCCGUAACAAUUUGUUCAGUGCCAAUUUUGCAAUGUUUAUAUUCUUGUGCCCGUCCAUCAUCAAAUUCAUGUUUCGUUUGGGUCUAAAAAACUACACAGCCGUUGGUUUGCGUGACAUUAUGAAAGAGACAAUUGAAUAUCGCGAGAAACACAAUAUAGUACGCAAGGAUAUGUUGCAAUUGAUGAUGCAGCUAAGGAACACGGGCAAAAUCACCGAGGAUGAUGAAAAUUGGACCACAAAACCCAAUGCAGCCACUGGCGAACAAAACGAAUUCACUAUCGACCACAUUGGUGCGCAGGGUUUCAUUUUCUAUAUUGCUGGUCAGGAGACUACUAGCUCUUCAGCUGCUUUCACCAUCUUCGAAUUGGCGCAAUACCCAGACCUGUUGGCACGCGCCAAAAAGGAAGUGGAUGAAGUGCUGGAACGCCACAACGGUCAGUUGAGCUAUGAUGCCUUGCGUGAAAUGUCUUUUCUCGAAUUAUGUUUACAAGAAACCAAUCGCAAAUAUCCGUUGCCCUUCUUGAAUCGUGAAUGUACACAAGACUACACCAUACCCGGCACCAGUCAUGUCAUCGAGAAAGGCAUACCCAUUGUUAUACCACUGCUCGGUAUUCAUCGUGACCCACAAUACUUUCCGAAUCCGAUGACAUACGACCCGGAUCGCUUUUUGCCUGGAAGUCCAAAUUAUAAUGCCAAUGCUUACAUGCCGUUCGGCGCUGGCCCACGUCAGUGUAUUGCUCUGCGUAUGGGCAUGAUCAACUCGAAGUUGGGCAUUGUAAAAGUUUUACAAAACUUCAAUAUUGAAAUUAUGAGUAGACGAGAAAUUAUUAUCGAUAACCACUCCGUGGGUAUUCAACCGAAAGGUGGCGUCAAAGUACGUCUAUCGAAGAAAGCCCAGGUCCAAAAUUAAUACAUAGUAGGCAUAAGAUUCUGAAACUUAAAUGUAAUUUCCUUGGUGCUAAGAUUAUUGAAAGUA